CUUUAAAUAGUAAACUAUCAGCAAGAAAUGUUGCUUUCCAAAUCUAUACGAAUAACACCAACUCUUGUCAGUGCCACAGCAGCUAGAAUCAGUGGUCCCAGUGCAGUGGCCGGUUUAGAGCAACAACACAGGAACUUAAUUGUCACAAGCGCUGUGAUGUCCAAUGGAUUGAGCGAAAAUGCAAGCAUACAAGGCAAUUUCAUCAGAUUCAAUAUGAUUGCUCCCGGUGCCCUGACAGCUGUACGUUUCUAUGCGGAUGAUACCAAGCCGCAAACGAAAAGCUCCACCAGUACAAGUUCAAAUGCGCCAGCCUUCAAUUUACCGGAUCGUGAACAAGUUGAAAGAUUUAUAUUUCGUGUGCUUGCACUUAUUUGGGAUAUCAGCGUAUGGAUUUAUAUAAACACCAAAAGAGCUAUUGAAACGUAUAUUGUAGCCAAUGAUUCAGUGCAAUUGUACUGGAAGCGAUUGCACGAACGAAUGGCUAAGGCCAAGAAGGAAUGUACCGCAUAUUUUAAUUGAUGCUGCGCGUCAAGCUGCUAGCAAAUCUGGUGGCAAAGGAGCCGGUGGCAAAUGUGGGCCUCCUAAAAAAUCAGGUGCAUGUGGGCCUAAGAAAAACUCAAAGGGUGCAAAUAAAGAUGCAAAAACAGAUGCCGAGAAAUGUGGUGGUACCCCAUCAGCUACUCCACCCUCCAGUCCAACCACUGGUGGUGCUGGAAAGGCUCCUCUUGGAAAUUUGGGAGGCGUUGGAAGAGAAAGCAGCUGCAAGGCGAAGGUACCGAAAUCCGGUAAAGGCACCAGUACGGCGGAAGCAUUUAGAAAGAUCUGUUUGUUCGGUAUCUUGCCAGCUAUUGCUUUAUUGAAUAUCUUAAUAUUCUCCACAAGAACGCACGAAGAGCGCGAAGAGUUCAAAAUGUGGCCGCAUCUUUAUAAGCGUGACAAACGCUUCCCAUGGCGUGACGGAAUAAAAUCUCUUUUUCACAAUUCAUAUGCAAAUCCUUUGCCUGACACAGGAUACGAAGAUGAAUAACAGCUGUUUUUUGCGAAUGUAUAAAAUAUAUUUUUUCGAAAUAAUCUACAAAAUUAUGAAAUAAAUUAACAUUUUUUAAU